CGAGAGCAGGCGCUUGCGCAGACGCGUCUUGGGCGAGGGAGGGAACGGUUGCCUGUUGGUUGUUGUAGUAACAGGAGAAGCGCCGGCGGGAGACGCGGCUACCGGGCCCGAAGGGAGAUGAAGCAGCAGAAAACAGCACUGGUGGAUAGGUUUACUGAUUCAACGGGGGAGAGUUUGAGAGGCCACCGUUUCUGGGCUGUAUGAAAACGUCCACAGGAAAUGCCCGUUGGAAUGGCUCGGGACUUGGAAGAAACAGAUUCGUCCUCAGAGGAAGAGGAAGUGGUGGAAGGACCAGAGGAGCACCCAUGCAUCAUGUGGACAGGUGGAUUCAGAAGGAUCCCAAUCCUGGUAUUUCAUGCAGAAGCUAUUCUAACCAAGGACAGUUACAUCCGCCUGAUUGGGGAGCGCUAUCGCUUGUCUUUUAAGAUUGUGAGAACAGACAGUCGCCUGGUGCGGAGCAUUUUGUCAGCUCAUGGAUUCCGUGAGGUACACCCAAGCAGCAAUGAGUAUAACCUUAUGUGGACAGGAUCCCAUCUGAAACCCUACAUUCUACGAACCCUCACAGAUAUUCAAAAGGUCAACCACUUCCCUAGGUCUUAUGAAUUAACUCGAAAGGACAGAUUGUACAAGAACAUCAUUCGCAUGCAGCAAACCUAUGGAUUCAAAACCUUCCAUGUGCUCCCUCAGACCUUCAUUCUCCCUGCUGAAUAUCAAGAGUUUUGCUGUUCCUAUUCAAAGGAUAGGGGACCCUGGAUAGUGAAGCCUGUGGCAUCUUCUAGAGGACGAGGUGUCUAUUUGAUCAACAAUCCAAGUCAGAUUUCCCUUGAAGAGAACAUCUUGGUCUCCCGCUACAUCAACAACCCUCUACUCAUAGAUGAUUUCAAAUUUGAUGUGCGACUGUACGUUCUGGUGACGUCCUAUGACCCCCUUGUCAUCUACCUCUAUGAGGAAGGUCUGGCCAGGUUUGCAACUGUGAGAUAUGACCAGGGAGCAAAGAAUAUUAAGAACCAAUUCAUGCAUUUAACAAACUACAGUGUCAACAAGAAGAGUGGUGACUAUGUCAGCUGUGAUGACCCUGAAGUGGAAGAUUAUGGGAACAAAUGGAGUAUGAGUGCAAUGCUAAGGUAUCUGAAACAGGAAGGGAAAGAUACUACAGCUCUGAUGGCCAGUGUAGAGGAUCUGAUAAUAAAGACAAUACUUUCAGCUGAACUGGUAAUAGCUGCUGCCUGCAAAGCCUUUCUCCCACACCGAGGUGUUUGUUUUGAGCUUUAUGGCUUUGAUGUCCUCAUUGAUUCUUCUCUCAAGCCUUGGCUACUGGAAGUGAACCUAUCCCCUUCCCUGGCCUGUGAUGCUCCUUUGGACCUGAAGAUUAAAGCUAGUAUGAUUUCAGACAUGUUCACACUUGUAGGCUUUGUUUGUCAGGAUCCAGGUCAGCGGUUCAGCCGAACAUCAUACUUUACCCCUGAGGGAAGGAGACAUCCUUAUCAGAAACCUCAACGCCCUGUUUCUGCACAGUCCCGAUCAACAAAUGCCAAAUUGCGUUCUCGGCCGCUGUCUGCCAGUGAUGCUGAGAUGAAAAACCUUACGCCCUCAGCAAAGGAGAAAACAGUAGGAAGGCAUUUUGGCUCCAUGCUGGGGCUCUCCAUGGAGGAGAUAAAAGUCUUGCGUCGAGUGAAGGAGGAAUAUGAGCGAAGAGGGGGAUUCAUUCGUAUAUUCCCUACGCCAUUAACUUGGGACACUUAUGGAUCCUAUAUGGAGCACAAGACAACAAUGAACUAUAUGCUGGCCUCUCGCCUUUUCAGCGACAGAGGGUCAAGAAGAUGCCUAAUUUCUAAACGAACUCGAGGCCUUGACUUGCAACGUGGUCAUCUCGCCGCCAGAUGUCUCAGGACCGAGUCCAGUUUGAAUCUUGCUGGAGAACUGGGUCUGGACAUUAUGGAUUGUAAUGCUCAGCUUCAUGCUGCUCUGUAUGAGCGGAAGCUCCUGUCACUAGAGGUACGGAAACGAAGGCGGCGUUUUGGCAAACUGAAACCAGGAAAUGCAAAACUGUCAGGGACUUCGCAGUCAACUGACUUUGUCCUCAAGUCAGAAAUGGAAUGUGAAGAAGAGGAGGAGAUAGUGGAGGAAGAUGAAGAACUGGAGAUACCUCGGGAGGAAACAGCUGGCUCUCUUAGGAACAUGCAGGUGAAAUUUAAGCCAGAGUUGCCAGAACAGGUGGAGCAUCCCAAAAAGGAAAAGUUGUCAAAGGAGUCUGAACAGAAACCUGUCCGUGAAGCUCUGCUGCUUCAAGCCAAAACGGAACCAAUGCCAAAAGAUACUGAGCUUCCAUUUAAUUUGCUACAGGUUUUACAGGAGAACAGUAAUCUAAGCAAAGUUCAGGCUCGCAGGGCUUUCUCUGCCUAUCUGCAGCGUGUGCAGCUGCGCCUGAUGAAAGAGGCUGGAGAUCAGGUCCAUAAUCCUGCCUGGGCUGCCAAAGAGGAUGAGCAGAUGGAACUGGUUGUUCGCUUUUUAAAGCGAGCAGCCAAUAAUCUUCAACAGUCUUUGAGAAUGCUGCUCCCGAGUCGGCGCCUGGCCCUGUUUGACCGUAGGCGCAUCUUGGCUCACCAGCUAGGUGAAUUCAUCAUCUGCUAUAAUAGGGAAACAGAUCAAAUGGCUCAGAGAAAGUUAAUGAAGAAUCAGGAGGAUGAAGAGGAAGGGGUAGAUGCUGAAGGCUUUCACAAAUUUGUUACUAAGGCAAGCGAAAGUGAUCUUGAGGAGGUGUUGACUUUUUACACACACAAGAAUAAGUCAGCAAGUGUCUUCCUGGGAACAAAUCCUGGAGUUACACAGAAUAGUACCAGCCAGUUGGAAGAUCAGCCAGAAACAGUGGAAGAAGCUGCAAAACAGCAACCUGAAAUCCCAGUGGAAAAGGAAAAUGUGGCAGAGAAACUGAGAAGUGACCAACUCAAAGCAACCAGAUUAUCCAGGAUGCCCUCUUCGGCAGAAGAUGAACAGAAUGCACCGCAACCCAGCCUCCUUAGUACGUCUUCCUUUGUUCCAAGUGCCAUCCUUCCACAAAGCAUCAACUCCCAGCUAUCCUCUCAUCCUGCUGCCUCAGAUAACGCACAGGUGCCUGAUCAUCGCCCAGGGCUCUCUUUUUCAUCUGGUUCUAGACUGACUCCUUCCCCUUCUCUCCAAAGCACAGCACCUGACAUCUGGUCUAACACAGCAAAAAUUACACCCCGCCUGUCCUCAAACAAUGCAAGCUUACACCGUUGUCGGUCUGGCAGUUACACUGCCAGCCCCUUCUCUUCCUUUCAGAGUGCUUUGCAGAUCUACAGCCAGAGACUGUCCCGACCAGCUUCAGCAAAAGCAGCAGAUUCAAGGAGUCACAGCCCAAGCAAACAGCGUGGUGGAUCUGCCAGAGUUAACAAGGAUGGGGAUGAUUCCUCUUCUGAGAGCAAACAGUACAGUCAUGGUCUUGUUACAACAGAACUGCAGAGACUGGCAGAGAAGCAGGCAGCCAGGAAGUACUCUCCUUCCAGUCACAUCAGUCUCCUUACACAGCAGUUAACAAAUUUGAAUCUGAUGAGCGGAGCUAUAAACAGAGGAAAUGUAACUUCUCCCAGUUACCGAUCACCCCUCAACCAAGGAAACUCAUUUUGGGCCUUUCAAGCACACACCGGUGACAUCAGGCCUGCAUCUUUGACAGUGAGGACCCUGGAGACUGACAACUUUGCCUGGGAAGGAGAUACAGAGAACUGCAUACGCAGUAAAUUGAUAGGAGGCCAACCAGGGCUUCCCAGGGCCCCGCCAAGUGCCGGCAGCUAUCAGCUUCAUUUUGCCCUGCAGCAGCUCCAACAGCAGAAGCUUCAGUCUCGGCAGCUUUUGGACCAGAGCCGAGCCCGGCACCAGGCUCUGUUUGCUAACUUCCCAACAUCCACCAUCAGCUCUAUGACCCUAUCAACUAAUUCUGGUGCCCACAGGACAUCAAGUGCCAUUUCUAGCAGCCAGAAGGUACCGAACCUGAAUAAGGUGAUGCCAUCCCAGAGUGCAUCUUCAAACUUGAUCCCUAAGCCCCCAGCCAACCAUAGACAAGCAGUUAUUAGGAAGGUGGCAUCUCAGAGGAUUUCCAAGGCAACCUCCACAGAAGGGCAUCUGAAUGGAUUCCAGAAUAGCCUUAACAGUGCUAAAUCCUGUGAGCCACUCACAAACUCCAAAGGUCUUUUGGAAGCUUCCCCCCACAUUAUUUUCGCCAGAACUAGACCUUUGUCCAGCCGAUCCAGAGCCACUGAUUCACUUGUAGGGCAGAGAAAGAAAAGGCCAGUGGAGGGAGGGCCAGCUUAAGCUCCCGGUUGCACUUACUUUCUGAAGUGAAGGAUUAAUCCUCAAUAACGGGUGGACAAACAAUCCAGUGCGUCAGCAUGCAAGGAGGAGAUGAAGCAGGGAUGAGUGCUCAUCAUUCCACACUCCUGGCAACACCCAGAUUGACAGCAAGACCUGGUCGCACACUCCAGAAUUUUCCCCUCUGAAAGGAGAGCAGAGCAGCAGAGUGUUUCUGGAAGAGCUGUUGGAGCCCUGACUUGAGGCUUUCUAGUUCCGCUGAGCUUUUGCUGCUUAAGCCUCAGGCCUUCCUUUGCAUUCUAUAUCACAUCUUCCAUCAACUAGUCAAGCUUAUGACUCACACAGGACAGGAGCUCUUAAUGGUGUCUGUAUUAUGUAUCCUGAGGCCCAGGUUUCUCCAUCCACUCAGUCAUUUGACUCACUUUGAGAACAAUCAAGGUUCUCUAUCAGGUACUGGGCAGCUUUCACCACCAGUGGCAUGAGGAGCUGAAAUGCUGACUUGACUAUAGACACUUCUGCUGGCUGCUAUCUUGAAUUUUGACAGAAAGCCAUAGAAAUGCUCAGUCUGAAUAAAGUCAUUCAUUUUGUUUGUUUA